UUUCUGGCGCCAUAUAGUGCAACAAUGGCGGAUUUGAAUCGACAGCUACAGGAGUACCUUGCCCAGUCCAAAUCAGGUGCGAAGAGCGCAGCUACUCCCAAUUCUAGUACCGUAGACAUCGGAAAGAUCGAACCUACCAGCACAAAGGAGGACUCUUGGUUUGGUCGCUGGUCCAGUCCAUUUUCUAAGACGGAGCAUGGAGGACACGGCCAAAGCAGCGGCUUUUCCUGGACUUGGACCUCUGAGCCGGACCCAUGUCUCCCGGGCAUGAGCCGAUCCCAUAGACUCGUUGCUUUUGCACUUUGCGUUCUCAUGUCAGCGCUGUGUUUCGGCCUUUCUGCCCUCUAUGUUCCGGUGCUGCUACUGAAGGCUCGCAAAUUUGCCCUCCUGUGGUCUUUGGGUUCUCUGUUUGCCUUGGCUGGCGUCGCGAUCCUAAGGGGUCCCAGCACUUUCUUGAGCGCUCCUUCGCCAGGAGCGGCGGUCUACCUCUGUGCUCUCGGUGGCACCCUAUACGCGGCACUGGGCCUGCACAGCACGCUGCUCACCGCUUUAGGGGCUGCCGUGCAGGUCGCAGCCAUCGUCGCCUACCUCGUCUCUCUGCUACCAGGCGGAAGUGCCGGGAUUCGUUUCGCCGGGGGAAUGAUGGCAACAGUGCUGCGUCGCACCGUGUCCGGGAAGAUUCUGCCCGUUUAAAGUGGGCUAUGAAGUGGAUACGACCCGAUCGGAGAUGGACCUCAUGGACUGAACUUUUCGCGGACCAACUUUGUAAACAGGGCAACUUGUAAAUAUACACGUAUGCAAAUGAUAACGCAAAAAAGUAAAGAGUGGUACUGUAUAUACUUCAUAUUGUAUAAUUGGUUAAAUGCGGGGAAAUUAAAAAGAAAAACAAAAAACACAGCAGCUCCGCCGCGUAUGUUGUUUCUGGGCGUAUUGACUACUUAAUUUUAUGAACUAAAGUCUAGUCAACUGACCUGGAUAGUUCCAUACAGCCCCCUCCCUGGCAAAAAUACUGGGACAGGUCUUGGUCAAUAUAAAUUGGGGAAACGUAAGAACGGGGAUGUGACAAGAUUGCUCAAUACCACCAACUAGAAAAACCCAAUGUAGGAAACGUUUUGCUAAAAUGUAUACUUUUUUCCCCAUGAGGCCAUUUUUACAGUCCGUCCGUGUUCCUGCUAUAGAGGAAUGAAAAGGGACUGGCGGUUUCCUCAUACUUAACAACAUGAGAUACUUAAAAAUUGCCUCACAGUGCCAGCAGUGUGGAGUUGAAUUCUGCUCUACGUUUUUCAUGUUCUUCCUGUGUCAUAUGAAUUUUUAAAAAUCCAUUCACUCCCUCAACCUUGGUUUAGUCAGAUUGACUACGAUGCAAUUAUUCCCUGUAGUGGUCUAGAAUCCUGUCUGGAGUUGGUUUUUGCUUGGUUUUUCA